CAGCAGCAGCAGCCAGUCGAUACAGUGCACACAGAGAGUGAGUCCUCAGAAGAAGAGGAGAAAGAGGAAGCACCAUCCACCCCUGAGGUAACAGGGCGCCAGCAGCCCGUUGGUACAAUGCACGUUCUCAGUGAAUCCUCAGAAGAAGAGAAGGAGGAGGAUGAAGGAGAGGAAGAAGUGGAGGAAGAAGAAAAAGAGGAUAGGGAGGACGUACCAUCCACGGGUGUGGCAACAGGGCAGAAGGAAGCAGUUCAUAUAAUGGACCCUACUGUGGGAGCGGUGGAUAUAAUGGAUUAUGUGUGUAAUGGUGAUGUGAAUAAUCGUAAUGAAGUCGAAGUUAACGUUGGGGUAGAGCGUGGGAUGGAACUUGAUGUCGCUCGCCAUUUGGGUAGAGUUGGUGUUUCUUCUCGUGGGUGUGAUGAUAAUGAUGAUGGUACUCUUGAUAAUGUGGGCCAAAAAGAGGACCCUGUUUUUGAUAGGCAGAAUUCUCAUGAUUUUGAUUGUGUUAGGUUUUCUGACGCUUCAUGUGGUAGUGUAUUGCCUGCAAAGUGUGGUGGUAAUAUUGAUAGAACUAAUGAAUCAACACAUGUUGUGUUUGCUUCUUCGAAAAAUUUGUCUGAGGAAGGCUUGGUUGGCGAACAAAGUUCGAAGAAUAGUGGAUUUGUUGAGAGUGAUUUCGAAUUUUGA